AGCAACCUUUGUUUCCAACCCCUCCAUCAUCGGAAAUGAUACAAUCGCAAGCAAGAAGUCAUAACAAAUCCUCGCAAGGCCAGCAGAAUACGGCAUGCCGAGGAAGGAUGAUCCCAACCUCAAUGUGGCUGUCCUUAGCGAGGGGCUGAGCUCGACGUGGCGUUCCAAGGCUCAACUCCAGGCAUCACCAUAAAGCACAGCACAGCAGCAUCAAUACAUAAAGUCAUCGCCAGCUGGCCUUAGAGAUGAGCAAUCCUGAGAACGAGUACCGCCCGGUGGAGACUGAUCACGCGUCUCCUUCUAUACCUCCAGAUACAGCCAGCCCAAGAAGUCCUACUCCGGAAAACUCUUCACCAAAUGAUCCCGACAGAAUCGAGGCUUCAAACCCACAUAUACUGGCCUUGAACAACGGCCUCCCAGACUACUCCACAACCGACCCUCAUGGCAUCCAAUCCAUCAUCCAGUCCGCUUCCACAGGCGCCCUCGAACUCCCUAUCACUGCAUAUCCCACCGCUAUGCGACACGGCCAUGAAGCCGACCAGUCCAAUAUCUGCCGCGACAUCGUGAACUCCUUCUUCUCCGCCAUCACUAGCAAAAAAGACGAAGCCGUCGCCAUGAUGAUCGAAUCCAACCUCGUGACCGCCAACACGACGUCCAUCCGGGGCGAAACGCCCCUCCUUGCCGCUGUACGCGUCGAAAACAUUCGUAUGGUGCAAGAGCUUCUCGACUUCGAUGCCGAUGUUAAUGCGUUCGGAGCCACACCCUCUGAAGGUUACGAAGAAGUGAUUUGGGACCAACCAGAUCCGUACCCUCGAGCUGCCAUCAAAGGACACAAGCGUACGCCACUCAUGGUAGCAGCUAAGAAGGGGAACAUCAACCUCGUUAAGCUCCUUGUGGAUGUGUAUCACGCCGACGACGCGCUGGUCGCGCCGGACGGCGAACUCGCGCUACGAUUGGCGUCCGACAACGGCCAUCGCGAUAUUGUUGAGUUUCUGCCGGGCCGUCGCGGUGGUGGAUGGCGACGGUGGAAGGCGAAGCAUGAGAAAGCGAUGAAUCGUGCCAGAAAGGCUGUCAAGAAGAUAUACUAUUUCUUCAAAGUGGUGCUGUACGAUAUUCCUCGAUUCUUCAUAUGGAGUUGCCCGAAGCACUUGAUCGUCCUUCCGCUGAAGAACUCGGUGGUGUGGUGCUGGAAGCAUCGCGGAGAGUUCGGUGGUUGGUGCAAGCGCCGAGCAAAAGAGAUGCCCAAGCGCAUUGGGCGAGGAGCUGCGAAGGUGUGGGGGGGGAUGAAGAAGGUUCCAGCGAGGCUUUGGAAAGCCGCGAAAGAGAUCCCGAGAAUUUUCAAGGCUAUUGCGAAGUGGGUGUGGGGCAUCAUCACAGGAAUUCCAAAAGCACUCAAGGUCGCUGCACUCUGGCUUUGGGACGGUGUGAAAAGCAUUGCUCAUGGUAUUGGAUCCAUACUGGGCCGUCUGGCGUCAUUCCUCCAUACACUCCUCUCCGCUGUCAUGUCAUUCUUCCGCAAUAUCACGCUAAAAGACAUAUGGAAUGGGUUCUGCUCCUUCCUCCAUGCCACCUUCGUCGAGCUGCCAGGGAAGAUUUGGGGAUGGGUGUUGCGGUUUGGAGAAGCGUCAUACAAAGUAAUGAAAACAAUCUUUGGGGUGGUGGGUGAAGUAAUUUGGUGGAUUAUUACGGGAUUGGGCUGGGUGGUGGUGUACGUUCCGAAAAAGAUCUGGGACAUUCUCGCGAGUUGUGGGGAAUCCGUCUCGAAGGCGUGGAUAGAACUGCUCGUGUGGAUCAAUCCGAAGAGAUAGGGGCCACGCAGCUGAUUGGAUAGCUAUCUCAGGUCACGUUCUUCGACUUCUGACUCCUCAGGGUG